UAACGUUGUUGUUGUUGUCUCAAUGUCAUACUACCAUUCAGAGGCAGCACACGAGAGUAGUAGCUAUUAUAUCAAUAGUGCUGAUUCCUUCUAUAUCAAUGAUUCUCGGGCAUUACAGAAAGAGAUACGUGAUGUGAAUUAUUAUAUAACGAGCAUAAGGAGACGAUUAGAUGAUUAUGAUGAUGGUGAUAUUAGUGAUGUUAGGAGUAUGAUUGAUAAAGCUGUUGUCCUAACAUCAUCGGCCCAAAGGGAUAUUACUCAGUUUAAGGAAUAUGUUUCUAAUGCACCUACACCACAGGAUGCUAUGAAUCGACAACAAAUGUUGAAUAAGUUUACUACUAGUAUAUCGAAUAUGGCUGAAGAGUUAGAAGAUAUAGUUAAGAAGUAUGCUAGCAUGAAAAAAGAAAUAAGUGCUGUUAGUCGCCAGCAAUAUAGUAAAAGACAACAAGAUAAGCAACAUACUUGUGGAUCCAGUACAUCAUCAUCAUCAACAGCAACAUCUAGGAGUUCAUAUCAUCCCACGCUUUCGCAGAAGAAUACUGGUGAAGAUACGAGAAUAGCAACGAAGAAGAGCGAGAUGCAUAACAUCAGUGGAGACCAUCACCAUAAG